AUGCCAGCUAAUUUAACACUACUAUUGUUUAAAGUCCCCAGCCUAUCUUGGACAUUGAAACAUUUCAACAUUGUGAUUACGAAAAACACUUGUUCAAUAACCAGGUCCGCAGAAGGUUGUCGAAAUAAUUGCUCUGUCUUUCUGUUCUCUACUCUAUACACGCAAUCUGUCUUUUUCUGUUGUUGCUUUCAUCUCACAAAAUUUAAGUUAAACACAAUGUCAUCGGAACGAGUUGGCCCGAAUUGGGUGAAGCCCUCAGAUGUUUACAAGACCACAGAUCCCGCUCAACCAGUCAAAUUGCGUAUUGCCAAAGAUGGUUUGGGUGCCGAAGAGCCUGUUUCCAUUCCAAGCCUUUUAAAGCGUGCUGCUACCAAUUAUUCCGAUCAUCCAGCCAUCCGUUACAAGACCCAGAAGAAGGAAUAUGCCACUAUUACAUAUAAACAAUAUGAAGAAAAAGUUCAUAAAGUGGCUAAAGCUUUCGUUAAACUAGGCCUAGAACGACAUCAUUCGGUUGGAGUUUUAGCCUUUAAUUGCGCCGAAUGGUUCUAUUCGGCAUUGGGUGCAGUUCAUGCCGGAGGCAUAAUUGCUGGAAUUUAUACGACAAAUUCAGCCGAAGCCGUUAUGCAUGUAUUGGAGGAUUCGAGAGCAAACAUUGUUGUUGUGGAUGAUUCAAAGCAAAUGGAAAAGAUUCAUCAGAUUAAGGAUAAGCUGCCAAAUUUAAAGGCAGCCAUACAAAUCCAGGAGCCUUAUUUGCCGUUCAUGAAAAAGGAAGAUGGAUAUUAUAGGUGGUCAGAAAUUGAAGAUAUGAAUACUGAUGAUGUCGAAGAUGAAUUCAAACGUCGCCUAGAAAACAUUGGAAUCAACGAAUGCUGCUCCCUGGUCUACACCUCCGGAACAGUUGGUAUGCCCAAAGGUGUUAUGUUAAAUCAUGACAACUUAGCUUUUGAUUGUCGAACCAUCAUCAAAUCCCUUUCGAACAUUGUUAUGGGCAAUGAAGUCAUUGUCUCCUAUCUGCCACUUAGUCAUGUGGCAGCUCAAACAAUUGACAUUUAUAUCAUGUUGACAGUUGCUGGCACCAUUUACUUUGCUGAUAAAGAUGCUCUAAAGGGUACUCUGGUCAAGACUCUGCAAGAUGCUCGACCAACCAGAUUCAUGGGAGUUCCUCGUGUUUUUGAAAAAUUCCAAGAACGAAUGGUUGCAGUUUCAGCAUCGAAUGGUAGUUUCAAAACUAUGCUUGCUAGCUGGGCUAAAGGUGUAACCUUGAAGCAUUAUAUGGAAGACAAAGAAGGAGGAAAGGGACCUGGUGGUCUUCGUUACAAGAUUGCCAAGUCAUUGAUCAUGUCCAAAGUUAAACUUGCCCUGGGCUUUGAUCGAUGCUCAACUUUGGUUAGUGCAGCUGCUCCAAUGUCACCGGAAACCAAAAAGUAUUUCCUUAGUUUGGACUUGAAAAUUCUGGAUGCCUUUGGAAUGUCUGAAUGUGCUGGUUGCCAUAGUAUCUGCCUUCCUGAUAGUACCCAAUUGGAUUCCAUUGGUAAGACUCUGAGCGGCUGUGAGACUAAAAUUAUCAACAAGGACGAAAAAGGUCACGGAGAGAUUUGCGUUCGAGGACGUCAUGUUUUCAUGGGAUAUAUCAACAACGCCGAAAAAACCGAAGAGGCUUUAGACGACGAAGGUUGGUUACAUUCAGGUGAUGUUGGCUAUGUGGACGAAAAGGGCUAUGUGUUCAUUACUGGUCGAUCAAAGGAAAUCAUCAUCACUGCUGGAGGUGAAAAUAUUCCACCGGUUCACAUUGAAAACAUUGUCAAGAAAGAACUGCCUGCUAUAAGCAAUGCCUUCCUUGUUGGUGAACAAAGAAAAUAUCUCACCAUUUUGGUGAGCUUAAAGACUGAAAUGGAUAAGAAUACAGGAGGACCCUUGGACGAACUGAGUCACGAAUCCCUACAAUGGAUGAGUACCAUAGGAGUUGAACACAAAAACCUGUCAGAUGUUCUCAAUGCUGGACCAUGUCCGAAAGUGUUUAAGGCUAUCGAAGAUGGUAUUAAGAGAGCCAACAAAUUGGCUAUUUCCAAUGCACAAAAAGUACAGAAAUUCGCCAUCUUGCCUCAUGAUUUCUCCAUUCCAACUGGAGAAUUAGGCCCAACACUUAAGGUCAAACGUAAUGUUGUUAACAAAAUGUAUGAGGAUCUAAUUGAAUCGCUGUAUUGAGAGAGAGAGUUAACAAAAUGGAGUGUCUGAAGGCUGAUACUUUUGCCCUUUAUUGUUGAAGUUAAUUUUCCUAUUUUAUUGUUUGUUAUAUUUAAAUAGUUUUUUUUUUGUUAAUAUAAACUAAGAGAUAAAAUAAACACACAAAAUAAUUAUAUAAAAAAUUAAUCAAAUUUAUACAGGAGAAAUUAUAUAAAAAUCAAACAAGAAAACCUUACUUAAGUCUAAGUAAAAUAAGUUAGACCUUAAAAUUUGUACUUAGACUAUUUUGUUUUUUGUUUACUAUUAAUUUGUAUACUUAUCUUUUUUAUAAUACCAAAAAAAUAUGAUAUCUUAGCAAAUUAUUGAAGACAUUUCCUUUAUUUGUAUUUAGGUACAAAAAUAUAUGCAUACAAACUUAAAAACAGAAAUGUAGUACUAGGCAACAUUUUUUGUAAGAAACGGUCUUAAGCUAAAUUUAUUUUGUUAAAUUUGUUAUUUUUUUGUUUUGUUAGAAAUUAAGGAUUUAUUAAAUGAAAGAAAAGAAGAUAAAGUUUGUUUAUCUUCUAGAAUUUUUUUUGUAAAUAAAACAUACAAUUAUUUACUUAAUUUAAAAUUAAA